AUGAUGAAUAAAGUAGAUCAAAUCAUCGGUUACAAAAAGUACGAAGUGAAACUACCAAAAGAUCGACAAGUAAAGAAAAAUAAAUCAAAAGGUGGAAAUGUUGAUCAAAUAGAUACUAAGAGGGAAAAGGAUAAAAUGAGAGCUUUUGGUGAAGAAAGGAAAAAGUUCUUAGAUAAAAUGGCUAAAAACAAAAAAAAAAAUACAAGUAGAAAAGAUAGAGAGAAGCCAAAAGAAGUAGAAAAAGAAAACUACAAAAGAGAAGACAAAAGGCUAAAAGAACAGAAAAAAUUAUCACUGGCAAAAGAAUUUCGUUUCAAAGAACCGAAUUCAGAAGCCAUUAAUCAGAACACAGCAGCUGAAAAUGGUAAACCUAAACCACAGACUGGACUAGAUUUUGACAUAGACCAUCAAACCGUGUCCAAGAUCAUGAUAGAUCAGGCUAUUCAAACAUCUAGUCCUCUUAAUGUCCAACUCACGGAACUUUUCAAUGAUAACGUCCUCGACGUCUCGAAAGAUAGUCAGUUUGUCCUUCAAGACAUGGAGUUCACCUCCUGGGAACGACGCUGGUCAAACUGCAGCACGACCAGUAAUGCGACUACGGUCUCAUCAGUUCCUGAUCCCAAAUAUAAUAUCAACUACAACGACAUAACCUCCUUCAAUUCAGUAGCGCUAAUUACCGAAGAUCUUAACAUAUCUGCAUCAUCUAAUGGUCUGCAUGAGAGAGGUAAAAAGCUACUGCAGCAAGAGAUGGAAUACUCAAACAAGGUCAAAAAUGUCACCAUCGGGCUUGAAAGAUUGUGUAUGGAUGAAAAACCAGUCCCAGAUGCAGGAAUAACCAUGCAACAAGCGUCGCGCUGGUCAGAAUUCCCCACUUGUUGCGAUCAAGCUGCUAUUUAG